CUUCUCAAUUUGGCUAAAUGAAAUCGAGGAUCGAAUUUUAAGCUUGCUAUACUUUUUAUUCGCAAAAUGACUGGUGGCUAUUCACACUGGUGAAAAAAUGUCAACCGGACAAAAAAUUUUAAUUUAGCCACUCUGCUCUAUAGCAUUGUUGUUACGAUUUAAGCACAUAAACACCCAAUCAGUUGAUUGACCGGAUAGCAAAUCGUGGUCUCCGUGAAAACCCAAUUUCCUUUUGGUUUGAAGAGUCUUACAGAGUAGUUCGGUCUUUAUUUUAUACCACAUUAACAUUUAAAUUCAGUAAUUCAGUCAAAAUCUUACCCAAAUCUAACCCAAAAGUUAAGAUUUAUUCUUCUUUUGACCCUUUAUUCAGUCCAAAUUUAACCCAGAUUCAAAUCACAAGUUUUUCUAGUUAACUCUGAAAUCUGGAAAGUUUUACCAAUCAACAAAACUUCACUGAAGGUUUUAUUUUUCCCAAACGAGCAGCAAUAUUCAAACAAGGUGAUAUAAACACACGAAAAUGUUACCCGAAUUUCCUCUAUAUCAUGAUCUUAAUUUGGGCUUGUUUUGCUUAAAAACUCGCCAAUUCUGAAUUUGCCCGCGUCGUUUUAGAGUAGUUUCCACAGUGCGAGCUUACAACUUUUCAAUAUAACCGCUCACUAUACUUAGUAAGUUCUGAUUGCUUAUCAAAAUAAAGGCGAAAGAACAUAUUUUUAAUGACAAUUUGGUUGGUAAGGAAGCUGGUAAAAUUCAGAGCAAAUUGUUACUUCAGAUUAUUUGUUACCCACAAAACAUUGUUUGCUUUUGCAAAUCCUUUAUAUUCUAGAUCAAGAAAACUAUACCAUUGCCACUUCCGAUUUACACUGCUUCUGUAAGUAAAACCGCUCGUUAUCCAUUUUUGUCACUCCGGGGUUGUUGUCAUUUGCGCUUUUUCAUUUCCUCCUCAAAUUAUUGAAAUAAAAUUUAGUUACUGAAUCUACAUAUGAAUGUAUUCUUACAACAUCAGAGGACAUUCACAGUCAAUGAACUGUCAAAAUGAUUUCCUUAGAAAAAGAAAUUUAGCUCCAAUUUGUUAUAUUUAUUUUGCUUGAGAUUGAUCGUUCAAUCAACUUCGUUUACCUCGAAAAAAAAUUAAUAGAAUUCUUUCAUCAUGCUUCAAAUCUUAGUUUCCUUUUAUUUUGUUUUAUUCCUUUCGACUGUGGAAUUUUCCACUGGGCGUGAAAUGUCUCAGCGGCUGACUGUGAGUCGGAUGCUUGACAAGAUGUUCCCAAAUUACGACAAAACUCUCAGGCCCCAAUUUGGCGGACCUGCUGUGGAAGUGGGCGUGACCAGUAAUGUCGACUCUCUUGGUCCAAUUGACGAAGUGAAUAUGAACUUCAGAAUAGACCUGUCCUUCAGACAGUACUGGAGAGACGAGAGACUCAAAUUCACUGCUGUGGAAGGACAACCGGUUUAUAACAAACCUCUGACUCUGUCACACGACUUCCUGAAGCGCAUCUGGGUGCCGGAUACCUACUUUCCAGACUCCCUAUCCGCCUCCAAACAGGAAGUGAUGGUACCCAACGUCCUCAUCAGACUAUCGCCGGAUGGAUCCAUUCUCUACAGGUAG